CGCUGCUCUCCACGCACGCUCAGGCAUGGACUCCCUACGGUGCGUGCGCCUCCGGUGUCCCAUGACUGACGGAGUCUGCGUCCUGUACCCCGGCGGGCACCUGCAAAUGUGAAGGAGGCGGUCCACGAACUGGUGUUGCAGGCCCGCGGAGUGCUAGCGGGUCCAGCGUCCAGCGGAGAAGAUGAACGGCCCCAGCGCCAGGUCCAGCCACCUGUCGCAGCCAGUGGUGAAGAGUGUGCUGGUGUACCGCAAUGGGGACCCCUUCUUCGCCGGGCGCCGUGUCGUCAUUCAUGAGAAGAAGGUGUCCAGCUUCGACGUCUUCCUCAAGGAAGUGACGGGCGGCGUGCAGGCGCCCUUUGGGGCCGUUAGGAACAUCUACACCCCGAGGACCGGCCACCGCAUCCGGAAACUGGACCAGAUCGAGAGCGGGGGCAACUACGUGGCUGGGGGCCAGGAAGCCUUCAAGAAGCUCAAUUACUUGGACAUAGGAGAAAUCAAGAAAAGACCAAUGGAAACUGUUAAUACUGAGGUGAAGCCAGUCAUCCACAGCAGGAUCAAUGUGUCUGCUCGCUUCAGGAAAUCGCAGCACGAGCCUUGCACCAUUUUCUUGAUUGCAAAUGGAGACCUCAUAAACCCAGCUUCUCGACUCCUCAUCCCUAGAAAAGCUUUGACUCAGUGGGAUCACAUACUGCAGAUGGUCACAGAGAAAAUAACUCUUCGGAGUGGGGCUGUCCACAGGCUUUAUACUUUAGAAGGAAAACUGGUUGAGAACGGGUCAGAGCUGGAGAAUGGGCAGUUUUACGUGGCCGUUGGCAGAGAUAAGUUUAAGAGACUGCCUUACAGUGAGUUACUUUUUGACAAGUCAGCAAUGAGAAGGCCUUAUGGUCAGAAAGCGUCUUCACUGCCUCCCAUGGUUGGAUCGAGGAGGUCUAAAGGGAGUGGAAAUUAUCGCCAAUCUAAGUCAACCAUCGGUUCCAGCGAUAACUCAUCUCCUCAGCCUCUGAAGAGGAAAGGGAAGAAAGAUUCAAAUUCAGAAAAAACCACAAAAGUGAAACAAAAUGUGAAGCCGAAGGAUUCCCCAAAAGCAGUCCUAAACAAUGAUGAAGGCAUUUUUAAAGCUGGAGCAGAGAGAUCUGAAACCAGGGGGGCAGCAGAAGUCCAAGAAGAUGAAGACACGCAGGUUGAGGUUCCAGUUGACCAGAGGCCAGCAGAAAUAGUUGAUGAGGAAGAAGAUGGCGAAAAAACAAACAAAGAUGCCAAGCAGAAAGAAGACUUCUCAGCAAUGAAUGGUGACGCUGAAGAUGGAGAGGGUAGUGAGGCUGCUGAUGCCCCUAAGCGAGAGGAGGAAAUCCCAGACCAUGGAGAGGAGAAGGCAAGUUCCUCUCGGGUAAACGGUGUCACUGAUGAAGAGAAUGGUGAGGAACUGGACCAGGUCACUGAGGAGCUUCAACCAGCAGUGGAUGAGGAGGGAAAGACUGAAGGAGACAACAGUGGACAAGAUGAGGCUGACUUAGAUGCCCAAAGACCACCAAGACCAGAAGUGACAGUCACCAGUCCUCAAGAAAAGGAAGAGAAUGAACAAAACAAGGACUCUUCUGCUGUGGCAUAGAUGCUUUUAAAGCAGGAACUAGAUGGGAUUGAUGGGCAUUUCUCUUUAAUGGAGCAUCACUUUUUGUUCCCGCCUUUUCUCCAUUUCACUGCGAUUCUUAGACUCCAGGGUCCCUCUUGACAGCUGCCUUAAUGAGGCACAACACUGACAUUUUGAAUGAGAAAUAAACUGAGCUUUUAAGAACAUUUCAAGAAGGUUACAGGCAUAAUAAUGGCCACAAAAAUGUUGAAAUAAAUGAGAACAUCAUCUUCUCCUGUGCAUGUAUUUUAAUACCUGGGACCCAAACAUGUGACUCAAAUCAAAAUCUUCUCUAUAUGUUGUCUAACAAAACAUGGAAUCAGUUAUCCAUUGGGGAUUAAAACUGUAGGCAUAAUUCUGAAGGUGACCUUAACAAAAGUUGCAGGUCCGUACACCUCUCAAAAGCGGCAGUCUCCUCUAUGGAAAUUGGGUACCUAUGAUAGGUUAGGUCCACAAGUAAGUGAGACUUACUGACAGAGCAUAUGAAUGAGCUCUUGGUAAAGGGUCAUGCAUUGUUUAUAGAGAAGGCACUUGGAUAUAUAUCCAGUGUAUUGCUUUGAGGUGUCAGUUCUUUGUAAUUUCUUAGUUUUAAUUUUAUAUCAUUGCUGCCUUAGCCAUAUUUCAAUUUUAAAGACACUUAUGAUCACUGGUUUGGUGGUGGAAUUGGAACAUUGGGAGUUUUGCACUUGACUGGAAGUGACUUUGACAUCACCUUCAGGUGAGGGGUCUGUUACACGCUUGGCAUCUGUUGAAAUCUCUAUUGCAUGCCCAUCAACUUCCUGCUACUAUCACUACAGGGCAGCCCCCUCCUCUCUAUGUUCUCCUGGGGGUCUUGAGGAGACAUGUUAUUUAGGAUGUUAUUCUUGUAUUUUAUGUUUUAAUGUCAGAAUGCCAGACUCAUGGGAAGAGCAUGAUAUGGUUAUGUCUCCAGUUUUAUUCUGAAAGGGUUAAUUCUUGCUGUGGUGUCUAAAGACAUACCAUAUCAUACAUAUGGCUUAGAAUCAGUCACAUAUCUCUGUGGGUGUGUAGCUGUAACGUGACACUGAUAUGUUUUAUGCUGUCUAUCCUAGGGUAGGGCUCAAAACCUGUUAACUACACAUGUUUCUCUAGAAGCCUGGGGAAAUGGCUCAGCAGCUAAGGUGCUUGCUCCCCUACACUGGCAUGCACGUACACAAAGCUCCCCGCCCCCGGACAGCUGAAUAAAUAAAUGUAAAUGCAUUGUUUUCUUUAGAACACCCUGCCUUAUACACAGAGGAUGAAUUUCACUAAUUUAGAGAAGAUCAAUGUGCUUCAAGCUGAGGCUGCAGUUGGGCCCAAGAGGCUCACACCUGUAAUCUCACAGCUUGAGCGGGACGAAGAAUCAAGAGUUACAAGUUAUCCUUGGCUACAAAGUGUGUUUGGGGCUAACCUUUGCAACUUGAAACCCUGUCUCAAAAACCCACCAACCAACCAACUCACCUAACUACCCAUUAAAGCUGAACUUGCCACUGCAGAAAAAUCAGAAGGUAUAUUCAUCACAUUACCAGAAGGUACAUUCAGCAUGUUAAUCAUGUCUUCUUAAGAAUCAAUUCUGCACUCUUAUUGUUGUUGUUAAAGUAGCAAAGUGAAAAGGUAAAUGAAUCACUGAGUAGAAAGCUCCUCAUCUGAACUGGUGCCAAUCAGAACAAAACAGAAAACAUAAUGUAGAUGCUGCCUAUCAGUACUUCCGCUGGUGCCACCAUGCACUUUCAGACAUUAGGAAGGGCCUCCUCACUGAUGUCCAUUUAGCAAGGCUCUCAGGUGGAGAGAAACCAUGCUAGCAGUGUGAGAGCGAACAUGGAGAGGCCACUGUUAUCAUGGUGUUUUAAUAUUGCUUUACUGAGACCAAGAGAUGUACUAUUCUUCCCAAAUAAGAAAGUUACCAGCCUCAUUUAAACUAGGCAUGGUGGCACAUGCCUGUUACUCCAGUGCUCUAGAGGUAGAGGCAGAGGGAUCAGAAGUUCUAGGUCAUUCUCAGCUACAUAGUGAGUCCCAGGCCAGUCAGAGCUGUAAGCGAUCUGCCUAAAACGAAAAAGGAAGGGAUGCUAAAAUUAGUUUUAGUCACAUUUUAAAAUGAGAGAUAUGUAUUUUGUUGCCUGAAUUGAUGGCAGACUGCAGUUUGUGCAGCAUCAUAAAGUAGCAUGUAUACUAUUUUGUGGGCAGGGAGAAAAUCCAGGGCUCUUCUUUGUGUCCAGAAACCAGGUACAACAUAGUGUGACUGUAAUACAGUGUCACCCAGGGGUGGAACCAGUUUCUGAAGGUUAGUCUGUUUUUCUGAUCAGAGACCCCUGUACUUUCUUAUUACUGAAUGUUACGUUCAUAAACAUCAUAAGGUUUUUGCUUUUGAAAAAUACCCUAGUACAUAGAUAAGUCUUUAUAUAUUAUAAGUCUUUAUGUAUUUUAUACAUAAUGGCUUUUGCGUUAUAUAUUUUACCCCAUCAAGUCUGAAAGACAGGUAGGGAAUAAAAGAAUGUCCAUGUAUGUUGAGGAGGAAAUAAAUUAUUGUUUUUGAAGAGUCAUAAUGCUGGUGGAAGAUCUGGAAUUAGGAAAUAAUUAAAAAUAAUAACAAAAAAGCACUUAUAAAAACCAGAGGGAACUAGUGGGCUCUGGUCAUCUGAGCCAAUGGCUGUGCUUUGUGAAUGGGACCAAAUGAAUUCUGUGCAGGUUUAUCAGCUUGAAAUGCAUUGUUCAAUGGACUGUUUCAGUUUUUGUGAAAAACCAGAGUGAUCGUGACCAGCUUCAGAAGACUGCAGAAGGCUCUGUUGUUUUUGUGUCUUCCUUGCUCUGAAAUUGCUAACGCGCACGUGGUAAUGGGCAGUUUUUAAUGCUCUAUGUAAAGAUAAAGUUAAGCUCAUCAUUUCUGUAGCCUUUAUUAUAUUUAGUAUGUCUUUAUGUCAGGAAAAGUAUGUGUUUUGAUCGAAUUAUGAGAUGUACCUUUCAUUUCUGUAUCAGAGCACGUUCUAAAAUGCUUGUGUACCUUGCCUGUCCUCUGAGUAGAUGGGUGUUUUAUGUAGUUAACAUACAUGUUUAGCAUUCCCAUGUGAUAUUAUGUUGUUAAUAUUUCAUGUGUGGAUCACUUUUGUAGCAUUUUCCAGGAACACAAUAAGUACACAAACUUAUGUAGGCAUUCAGCUCAUUAGAGGAUACUUCUGUUUGUAUCUGUUUGUAUAGCAUAGACAUUAAGCUCCAUCCUGUUAUUUUUUUUUAAAUUUCAUAUGCAUGUUUAUUUGAUAAAAAUUCAGAUCUAUUAAAAUCGUUACUUCUUUAUUUUAUGAAAUAUAUUUAGAGAUGCACAAGUUCAGAGGUUUUGUGAUACUCAUGACAUGUAUUUUGUAUACAGACAACCACAGAAAUAAAUGUAUAAUUUUACAAAGAGUUUCAUUCAAAUUCA